AUGAAGAGUCGAACAUGGUUCUUCAUUCCUUUCAUUGUCGUUGAAAUUGUUGGCUAUGUUGGUCGAUAUCUUAACUCGCAUCAAAGCCCCAACUGGACCAUCACGCCUUAUGUCGUGCAAUCGCUCUUGUUGUUGAUCGCUCCGGCCUUCUUUGCCGCCUCAAUCUACAUGAUCCUAGGCCGCUGCAUCGUUGCCACAGGCCACGACUCCCUAUUUGUCAUCCCAGUCAAGUGGCUUACCAAGAUAUUCGUCGCUGGUGAUGUAAUCUCAUUCUUCGCCCAGUGCGCUGGUGGCGGUCUCCUAUCUUCUGCAAAGACCCAUUCCAAGGUCACUCUCGGACAGGACAUUAUCAUCGCCGGUCUUUUCAUUCAGAUCGCCUUCUUUGGGUUCUUCGUUGUGACUGCCGGAAUCUUCCACUACCGGCUCUUGGAGUGCCAUGAUUGCAUUGCGAAUUCUGCCAUCUCGGUGCUCUACACCGCCAGUAUAUUCAUCCUGAUCCGGUCCGUCUUCCGUGCUAUUGAGUACAUUACCGGCACUACUGGCCCGAUUAUGUCAACUGAGGUGUAUCUCUAUGUUUUUGAUGCUGCUCUGAUGUUCUUGACGAUGAUGACGUUCAACAUCUUCACUCCCAAGUCACUGGUGAUUCCCUGUUCGACUCCACAUGACAUUGAGGCUGCCGAUAAGGAAAUGGUUGACAGCUCCAGUGAAGUGAGCAAUGAAAAAUAA